GUUGGAAGAUAUACUUGUUGCUUGCAACGAGAUCGCAUAAAGGUCUAUAUUGAAAUUACUCUAGGCAAGUCGGAUAUCACAAAAUAAGUUCAUGAUUCAAUACUUAAGUUCGUUCUUCCUUAUUGAAUUUACAGAAAAAAAAUAUUUUCAAUGUCCUUUUAAUCGACUACAAUUGUAAUUGAUAUUUGCAAUAAGAUAUCAGUAUAAUAGCCGCUAAAUACGGGAAUUAACUGUUUUACGUUAUAUUAAAACACAACAGCUCUUAGUGUAUGGCAUAAAAAAUUAGAGAGAAUGACAGCAAAGGAAAUACUUUUUCUUGGAUGGAUUGUUCUUAUUGUUUUAAUUUUAUCUUCAUUGGAAUCAAUUUUCCAAGCACAGCCAGUUCAUUCUUUGGGUCCUUCAUAUCGUUGUGCAGACGGAUAUACUGGAAGAAAUUGUCAUCUACAGUGUACGUAUCCAGAAUAUGGGCAUCGAUGCAGAAAGAUUUGUUCUUGCAGUCCACUUUCAUGUCAUCAUAUAAAUGGAUGCCCGCCUCCAGCUGAAAGAUGUCAAGCCGGUUUUUUCGGGAGAAACUGUGAAUUUGAAUGUCUUUAUCCGCGCUAUGGAUUUGGUUGCCAGAGAACGUGCGCAUGUUCCAGGAAACGUUGUAAUACUUCAACUGGCUGCCAAUACACCAGACUAGGAACCAACAAUCCAAACAUUGAUGAAAAUAAACCGUUAGUGAUCGAAAGACAAAAGACACCAUACUACACCAGCGCCCAUUCAAUCAGACUGGCUUCACGUAGAAGUAUUUCAGAUACUGGGUCCGCUUUUCUUACGACAAAUUUGAACAUGACUUUGAUGAAGCCGACUCCCACAACAGGCAUAUCUGUUUAUACAAGUCUUACAACCUCAGUCAAAACUUCAAAACUUAAGAAAGAAUCUCAAUUGUCAAGAGAACAUGAAAAUAUGAAAGGUAUUGCGAAGAAAUUAGAAGGGGAUUCUGCAUUCAAAGACAUUACUGAGACAAGCAAGAAGAAAUAGAUUGAAAUCAGUAUCAUUUCCGUCGGGGUCCUUGUGGGUGUAUUGCUGUUGGUCUUGGUUUCGUUCAUGCAACGUAACACAGGUCGUGCAAUGCGAAAUUCACGCAAUUGCUGAUACAUGCGUAACACCAUUUUAAAAUAAGUUUUUGAUCUUAGAGUCGUUAAAAAAAAAUGACAUUAGUAUAUAGUUUGAGGAAAUAAUUGACUUACUUAAAACAUUUGUUAUAAGUAUUGUAUUUGAUAUUUUGCCAUGAUUUUUUUCUAAAGAUUGUAAAUUAAAAUUGCGUUCAAAAUUGAACAGUGGUAUAAACCUGGAGAAAGACAAAUGACAUGGAACUUAUAAAGACGUUUGUUAAUUCCUGUUUCUAUUAUUUUUUGUACAUAUGCGCAUGCUUUUAUUAUUGUGUUUUCCAUUGUUGUUUGUAGUAAUUGCCAUUCCGAUUUUUCAUAAGAUACAAUUAAUUCUUUUUUUUAUCAGGUCUCUCCAUUUCUUUACGUCCAUACAUUGUUAAAAUAAAAGUCUUCAUAUAAAUAUGGAUAUAAAAAAAAUACUGAUUUCCACAAGUCUAGAGAUGCAAUUACACAAUGAUAGUAAUAUUUGAAUUGCAUGUAUAUUCCAAAGCAUAAUUAUCGUAAAAAAUUCAGAUUAAAGUCUUUGUUUUCCCUCAACGUUAUGGUUUAAAAAUAAUGAAUUGAAAACCCAAACAGAAUAAAUCAAAUCGUUUUAAAUCUUUGUAAUGUUAGACAAUGUUUUGUAUGUCUUUUCAAAUGACUUAAACCAAUUUAAGUAGGAAAACACACAUUGUUUUCGUUCUGUUUUAAAUUUUUAUUCUAGGCACGCCAGCAAUAUUGAAAAAAAACCUAGCUUUAAUACGCUAAUUUUAAAGUUUUAUUUUUCCUUUUAGAAACAAUAAAAUUUUAACAUUGAGUUUUUGUCGUCGAGGUGUACGAAUCAUUUAUUUUCCGUUACUGUAUUUCUAAUUUUAAUUCAUAAAAUAAAAAGAAAUGAAAAAAUGUCAACUACAAAAUCAGGAUUUAAAAUAAAAAGACAGACAAACCACAUCAAAAUUGUUCAAAUAAUUAUAAUAAAACCUAUAUUGUAUAUAAGUUUCGUUCGUUUAAGUAGAAGUACACAUACCAUUCAUCUCAAAAACUCUGUUGAUUGUUCGUUCAUUGUUGUGUGCCGUAUUCAUUUUGUUAUCCGGAUUUUUGUUUAUUUGUAUUUAUUAGCUGCUAGUGCGACCUUAAAACUGUAAUGAUUCAAGUAAAUUGACAUUUCCAAAACUGUGCAAUAUUUUAUGAUUAAUGAAUUGAGCAACUAAUUAAUGCAGAUAAUUUUUUGUACAAAACUGUUGAAUCUCUAGUAUUUUAAGAUAAUUGAGGAUACAUUAAGAAACUUUCUUUCAAUAAAACUCAGAGGAAUUACUCUUAUAAGGAAAAAUUACAUAUGGAAUUAAGUAUGGUUCUCUUCGUUGAUCCCGCUUUGUUUCUGAUUUCCUUUAAAAAGUACAAACCAUCGAACGCAAAGUCUAAUAAAUUAACACAUUUUUUCAUAAAAUAAUCUGAAAUGAUGACUGAUUGUUUUAUUACAAGUUUGUCUGCUUUUGGAUCAGUGACAGUUAUUUAAGCUAUUGUUCCAGAGUAUGACAUGCAAGUAAGUAAAAUAUUCAAGAAAUUUUGAAAAUACCGAUGAGGAUAUUGGGCCAUCAUUAAAACUAUCUAUGUUUCCCCUAACCCGACCCUAAAUUUUGAAGUUGGGUAGGUAGGUAGGUAAAUAGUUUUUUUUUUCUGUCAGGGCACAAUAUAAAAUACAUUAUAGAUUAAAAAUGAAAAAAAAGGAUCAAUUCUUUAAUCAAUUACAAAUCUAAAAAAAAAUGACCAGUUGUAAAACAAAUUUUUAUACUUGUGCUGAUGGAAUGUACAACAAAUUUAAUAUCGGAUUCACAAUUUGAUAUUGUUCAUCUUCAAUUUCUUAAACUUGCUUGAUUCAUUGACUAGAUGUGCUCGAAUACAUUCAUAAUCAUUUGUAUGUUGAUGUACAUGUAGACCUAUAUUUAAAUAUCAUUUUAAUAAUCAUAAUAUACCUACUUCAAAGUAUUGAUUAAUCUUUCAAAAUUUGGUAUAUAAAAUGUCUAAAAGUAUAUUAAAACAAUAAUAUUAAAGGUUACACAAAAUCACUUCACUUGCAGAGAAUGUUCUUCUUUGACAAGGAAAUUUUAACACAAAUUUAAAACAUCAUGCUAGCGAAGAAAAAAUAAUUAUAUACUUGAGAUUUUUGUGAAUUUACUUACAUGUAAUUUCAUUUUAUUAUAGUCAUAACCAAAACCAACUUUUUUGUAUCUGUUGAUUUGAAAUUUGACGAAGUUAAGAAAACAGUUUAAAUUUUUCAAAACGUAAAGAGUCUUUUAUCAUACCGGUACCAACUUAAUUUUUGGUAGAUUUAUUUCUCCCUAACAGAAAAGUAGGGAGAAGUUUGACAUCAGGGAGACUGUCAAUAUUUGAUACAGCAUAGCCUACAGGAAUGAUGAUAUACACAAAUUAAACCUUGAUUAAAAUUGUAUUAAACUUUAAGCAAGUUAAUAAAAAAUAAAACAACUUCUAAAAGUUUUAAUAACUUAUCCAAUCUAUUAAAUUUGAUUUAUUUGAUGCAUUCAUACAUUUUAUAGAUGAAAUGUUUAAUAAUUGUGUUUGCUAAAUGACAAAUUAAAUCAGUCUCUAUACUUCUGUGUAUUUUGGAGGUAUUAGUCCAACCUUUUGACCCAAUUACAACCAUUGUGUAGAGGAUCAUUUUAAUUUUAAGAUAACUGUAGGCAUAUGGUUUUAUGAUUAUUUUAGCAUUAAUUUGGUAGAAUUAUUAACUAAUUACGAGUUACCAACUAAUUUUGAUAUCAACACUAAAAGUAAUAAACAUCGGUUUUAAUUUUCAAUGUUGAGUAGAUUACAUGUUGCAUCACUCAUAUUUAUACAAUGUACCCAUAAAAGAUAAGACAAUCGAUUAAUCACACCAGUGGUUAACUGAGGCUAUGGAAACGUCUUAUUUAAUUAAAUGAUUACCAUUUUAAUGUCUCUGGGGUUAAUCUACACGAUCGUGAACUCAGAACACAUUCUUUUAUGGAGGAAAUUCCGGCGAAGUUACCGAUCAUAAAGCGAGUAUUUCGGCCAUUGGCAUGUUAAUGAUCGAGGCUUUCAAAAUGAUUGGAAAACGAAAAGGGAGUGGGUCUUCUAGAAAAGAUUUUGGGUAAAAUUAGGUUUCUUUAUAAAAAAAAAAUGUAUUUUCAAUGUGGUGAAAAAAACAAUUCAGUCGGCGGGAUUUAAUUGGGUCGGUCGCGCCAGGGGAAACA